AUGGCGAUGAAGUAUGGCCGUCUGGAUGGCUUCGACACACCACACAUCCAAACGGUGCGAUCACCUAGUCUUUCGAGUGACAUGAUGUCCAGCUCAGCCAAGUCGAACGUUACUAGCCAUCUGGUACCAUUCGUGAACCCACCACCCGCUUAUUUCGCUCGCGGCGAAUCCUCCGACCUGAUCUCUACCGAGUACGAUAGGAAGGUCGACAUCUCGCAGUCGGCCCUCACCCUACUAAACGAAUUCUCUGACCAUGUGUUAUACUGUAUCAUCUCUACUUCACACUCGGUCGCUUUAGGACAAUUGAAGGCUGCAGUCCCCGCUGUGCUAAAACCAAGGCUAGGCAAGUCGGCGUUACGCUAUGCUGAGGAAGAGUUAAAGGACUAUAUUGAAGACGAGGAAGCUGAGGAACUAUACUCCAACCAGAACUCUGUCCAAUCCGGAAGCCAUUUUGAUCCGGAUCUGGUCUGGAAGCUGGCACGGUUGAGAUGCAUGGUAUAUGCUCGACUGGGUGACUUCGAGGAAGAAGAUGAGGAGGAAUGGCUUGAGAAGGAGCAGUUGCUCGAUCGGGCUGCAGCUUCGCCUGCCGAAGCACGUCAGUCAAUGGCUGUUACACCUGGUGCUGCUAUCUUUUUGACCUCAAUCAUUGAAUACCUUGGAGAACAAGCUUUACACUAUGCUGCGCAGUAUGCACAGAAACGUCACGACAAUGCUCGCGGCCACGACAACAUUGCACAAACGCCACAGAUGCAACUCGCCGCCAGGGAUGCUGAUAUCCUGCUAGAUGGGAAAGACAUGAAUCAUGUUGGCAGGGACAGUCCUCUCUCGCGUCUAUGGCGUUCGUGGCGGCGAAAUACUCGAGCUCCUGCCCUUGGUCCACGCUCCCUGUCGCCAGAGGUAACACAAUCGCCAGGUCAAGGUUCAUACUAUAGCCAAACCACAAGCAGUAAUGCCCGUCCAUUGAUUCACCCUAUAUUGGAAGAGAAGAGACAAUCUACAGCGGCAAUGCUUGGUGCUGCUAAUCCUUCGGACGUCCCCCUCCUUGAAGCAGAUGGCAACCUUGAAAAUGUUAUGCACCAGCAAGAGGAUGACAUGGAGGUCAGUGGUGGCAGGCCUAUGAGUAUGCCAACGCUGCCGGGCAAAUACUUAGAAGACGAGGAUACGAUGUACAACCUAAAUGACGAGGAUACGCCUUACUUCCAAGAACGAAGCCCCUUGAGGCCGACCUUCGAUCGCACUAGAUCUAAUUCUGUCCCCGCCAUGAAAAUACCUUUUACAGCCACACCAGAUUCGCCUAGACGAGAGAAUAUCGUUCCGCCGAUCGAGGUUCACGAUGAGCGUCGUGAACCUCAACUGUACUUAUCGAAUGCGGGUUAUACCUUCUCGAACGGUACUGCCGACCUGGAGUCGCCACAAGCAAGACAGCGAGAUUUGACUAUCGAAACGGCCAAAGACGAAAAGCCAGUGCGACCAAAAGCUACACCCUCAUCAGAAGAACUAGAUGCAACAGUGGGUGUCCUGGCAGGUGCUCUGAGUGCAGUCGGUGUCCACCAUGUCGGUCGAGUUCAUCAGCAAGCGGAGAUCGACCCGUCUCGAACAACAAGACAACCUCUUGCAAGCGCAUCAAUCAAAGCAGCGCAGGACUCCGACAUGGUAUACGCUCCUGGUGGUCGACGCGAGCGACCUAAAUCCGAUCUUGAAACAACAGUGCCUGGACGGCGUAGGUCGAAAGAUCCUUACGAGCAGAUCAAAGCACGACAGUUGGAAGAGCACAAGCGUUAUUCUCAGCAGUCACACGAGAUGAAUACACCUUCCAUAUAUUCGCAUCGAGAUCAUUCGCCAAGGUUUCCGCAUGAUAUGCGACGUGUUUCAGCACCAGUAAACGGAUCUGAUUCGCCUAUUGAGGAAUACGCAUCAGAGGAGGACAGGCGAGACCAUCCAGAACCUCUAUACGUACCAACACCAAACGAGAACCAGAGUUUCGAUCAACAACCGGACUACCCGUUUGUACCAAGAGAACCACCCACAAGCAGCAUCGCUCCUGGUUCGCCAACCUCGCUUUCGAGCAGCAAAUAUUCCAAUACAGAGAACAUGGUCAGCAGUGAGCCAGCCCCAGGCCUACCUCAAAUUCUAUACAAGCGCCAAGUCUCAAUGGACGAAGGCAAUGCAGGACGAGCACGUGGUCAUUCCAAAUCUUCCUCCAGCAGUAGUCGAUUACUCGGGUUCACUAGAGAUGCUAAUGGCCGACCACAAACAAUUCACCAGCAGAUGGCAGCUGGUGACAUGACAGACGAUGUUCGACGGGCUCACUCUUCGACGCCUACUAGCAUGAACAAAGCUCGACCUGAAACUGCCCAAUCAGGCUCGUCUGAGAAGCGAGGACAUCUGCGACUUCGUGCAGAUUCAGAUAACAAUAUUAUCAGAGGCAGCCCUGAAGAUGAGACCCAUAAACGAAGUCUUGAAAUGCUCAUUAAAAGCGACGAAACCCUUCUGGUUUCACUGACCCCACCUGUCGCCGCUUUCAACAGAGACAUCAACCAUACUCCAAGACGAUCUCAAACACAGGAUCUUGCAGACUUCAUCAGGAACACUGCCCCACCAGGGCAAGAGAAACCCCCAUCUCACCCUACAACACGAUCGCGAAACGUUAGCAUGGAUGCGGGUCAAGCGCCGCAGGUUGGUAUGGGUCAGGGAGAGCAUAAGACCGUGCCUUCAUCCAAAGAUAUAGCCAUUCAAACCCCACCAAGACCAGCCUCGAAACACAAAAACCUCAUUGGUGAACCUAGAGAUGCCAAAUUUGAUCGCACAAACAGUAUCAGAGAUUUGGCAGAUUACGCACGUUCUACUGGACCAAGCAACGACGACCAGUUACCGAAAACGUUUGGUAACGUAAAUGUCACGUCUGCCCAGGGCGAGGUGCCGCCAAAUGCGACGGUUGGUACUGGUCCAUCAUCUCCUAAGGCGGCUCGCAAAGUGUCCAACAGGUUGCAAGCGCGAGAUCCAAGGCCGUCUCGGCAUGCGGAAUCGUCGGCACUAAUAGAUUUCAUUCGAGAAGGUCCACCUCGAGCACCGGGUGAACAUCGAAUCAACCGACAUAUUGCACCUUUCAGGACAACAAUGGACUCUGAUGACCUGAAUGGGCUGGUCUCUUCAAUGCCCAAAUCCUCCAGUGAAGGACCGGAAGCUGCCUCAACGGCUACAAGAAACAACUCGAAUACACCACUAGUUAGGAACGAGGACCAAAUCAAUAUGUCGGCACAACCUCGUGCUAAUCGACAGCCAAGCAGCGACGAUGGCAUGCCGAGAAGAACUCGGAGGCGUGUAAAGGAUCCCUACGACCUUGGAGAAAGCGAUGACGACGAUCUCCUCAACGUCGUACCACCAUCAAAACAGACUCAAGAGGAGUCUUUGAUGGACUUUCUUCGCAAUACGGCUCCACCACCCACCAUGACUGCCUUGCCAGCCAUGCCCAGAGACCAUUUUAGUGAAUCGAAACCGACACUGAAUCACACUCACAGCAUGGACAAAUUAAGAGGCCUUGUCCGUAACAACCGCUCGGCGGCGUCUGCCACUCAAGAUACACCAAAACCACGCACUUACGCCCAAACUGUAUCUGCACAAUCUCGAGCCCGAGCAGACUCUCCACACCUCACGCAGACAGGCUCCAAGUUAGACGUCUAUCGUCCAACUCAAGCAACACACGCUUCACACGUUGAUCGCAACCGUGCGAGCAGCAAACAAAUACGUGCCUCAAAUUCUAUGAGUCACAGAGAGCGUGGCUCUCAAGAUACCACCUCGAGCACGGCUGGACGAAGGGAUGGCUCGACCGCCUUCGAUACAGGCGACCUCGCUAAUUUUCUACUGAGCACUGCUCCACCUCCAGCAACGCAGCAGGAGGUGCAGCCUUUUAUAAUUAAUGGUCGGCCUAAUGGAAGUCAGCUAGCGAACAAUAAGGAGGGAGGUGGAUUUAAAAAGUUCUUUAGUGUAAAGGGUAAGAAGUGA